UUCGUACGCUUGUACGCGCUGUUCAUAUGGUUCUUGUGUUUUGUUUCGAUAUAUUGUUAAGAUACUUGUAGUUUAGAAGAUACUUUGUGAAAUAACACAAGGAAAAUAAUAAGAAUUCUAUAUAAUUUUUGUUAUUUUACUAGGUUUUUAAUUCUUUUAAUUUAGAGCAAAUGUUGACGGAAAUAUCUUUUUUUAUAGUUCAUCGUUACGGAUUUACAUAGUGUUUGAGGAAAUGUAAAGGGCAAAGUAGCUGUUGAAUAAAAUCUGAAGAUAUACUUGUAUGUUUUUUAUUUUUUAUUUUCGAACAAUCAUGUCGCUGAACGAAGUUUGAUCAUACUCAUUCAUAUUUAUUUUACUUUAACCUUAAAUUUGUCCAACAGUAAGCAGACUACAAAAUACAAAACGACAUUAACAAUAAUAACAACUAUGUCAACAACAAGAAAAAGAAUAGGGGGCGGUUGGAAAAACGUUCAAGUCAUUAAAACAGACGAUCAUGACUCUGGAAUUAGUUUUAAAGAGGCAACAAAUGAAAAUAUGCGUUCAGAAAAUAUCAGUGAUUCUUUUACAAAAAGACAAUCAGAUAUCGCCUUUGUCAAAGAUACGAAACUUGAUAAUCCUGGUGAAAAAGACAGUGCGGUUGAAAUAAAUGAUGAUUUGGAACGGAAACUUCGACACGAUGAACUUGAUAACGAAAAGUCGAAAGAAAAGACCAGUAAAAACAUAAGUGGGAAAAGUGAAAAAACAAAAAGUGAGAUCAAAAGUGAAAGCGAUGUUGAAUGGCAAAGCUCACAUUUCGCAGAGGAACAUUUUGAAGACAGUGCGAUAGAAAGUGUAACUGAUUCCGGAAGUUCUAUGCUGUUACCGGAUAUACGUUCGUCUGUUUCGACAUUAGCUUCCGGCAAGUCAAAACCCAGGACAAAAGGAUCGAAAGCAAAGGAUGAUUCGAAUUCGAAGUAUUCCGACUAUCCUAUUCUACGACGCGUGCAGGAUAGUGUAAUAGGACACGACCUUGUGAUAAAUACACCGUAUGGUCAAAGAAAAGUAACAUAUUGUGACUUUACAGCAUCGGGUCGGAGCCUGACAUUUAUAGAAGAUUUUAUAAGGGAUUAUGUCAUUCCAACAUACGCCAAUACUCAUUCUACGACAGGACACAAUGCACGACAGACAGGAAAAUUUCGUGAAGAGGCUAGAAACAUCAUAAAACGUUGCGUAAAUGCUAACAAAGAUGACGUAGUCGUGUUUACCGGAAGUGGGGCCACGGCUGGUAUGCACAAGGUGGCUUGGGCCCUGAAGGUGAACAAUCCGAGGAUAGCUGCCGAAACGGCUGUUUUUAUUGGACCAUAUGAACAUCACUCUAACAUUCUGCUUUGGAGGGAAUUUGGUACAAAGGUUGUUCGGAUACGUCACGAGCAAGAACGCGGCGUCAUAGAUUUAGAGCAACUAAGAGAUGAGCUAAAGUUUUGGAAGGAAAAGAAGCGCCAUCUGUUGGUGUGUAUGUCUGCGGCAAGUAAUGUCACGGGAAUCAUUACGGAUGUUGACGCGGUGGCGAAACUGGCACACCAAAAUGGGGCUUUAGUCAUAUUUGAUUAUGCCGGAGGUGGUCCAUAUCUAAAUAUUGACAUGAAUCCAUCAAAGAUGGAAUACAAAGAUGCCGUUAUUGUUAGCCCACACAAGUUUGUCGGCGGACCAGGAACUCCAGGUGUUGUCAUUGCAAAGAAGUGGAUAUUCAAGAACACCGUGCCAGACAGAGUUGGUGGUGGGACAGUGAGAUUUGUAACGAGAGAGCAACAUGCUUAUGUAGGAAACAUUGAAGAGCGUGAGGAAGGAGGAACACCAGCUAUAAUUGAAUCUAUUAGGGCGGGGAUCGUAUUUCAGUUGAAACAGAUUAAAAGUCAUCUCUUGUUUAUACAGGAAAUCAGCUCAGACCUUAUUCAUGCAAGAGAAAAGAUACUGGCAAGACGGGCGUUUAAGGUAUGGGAGGAGAACCCUUCUAUAUUUGUGUUAGGGAGUCAUACCGCUGACCGUGUGACCAUAUUUUCCUUUCUUACUGUCCAUCAAGAAACUGGGCGUCUUGUUCAUCACAAUUUUAUAUCAAGUCUGCUCAGUGAUCUGUUUGGAAUACAGGCACGUGGAGGAUGCGCAUGCGCAGGCCCUUAUGCCCAGGAUCUAAUGGGCAUAUCGGAGCCAAUUGCCAAAAAGUACCUAUUUUUCCUGUCAGAGAAACCAAACUGGAAAGAACACAGUGAAGUUCCACAUUUGGAAAUUAUGAAACCGGGAUUUACGCGCAUUAAUUUAGCGUACUUCAUGGAUGACGAAACAUCUGACUUCAUAAUUCAGGCUGUAGAUAUGGUAACAAAGCAUGGAUGGAAACUUUUACCAGAGUAUUCGUUUGACUUGGAAUCCGGAUCAUGGUACCAUAAAUCAUUCGCCAACACGACUGCAUCAGAGCUGAUGAGUCUACAACACGCACUGGUCGAUGGAAAUAAAGGUCAAGGUCGAAUUCAUCUGGAUAGUCCCAAACACAGCCCUUCAUACAAAGAAAUACUUGAAUCUGCUGCAGAAUUAUUCAAAGCAGCCGAAACAUGCCACACAAGGUCACGGAUAUCGUCUGCCUCACAGCUAUUGCGUGAAAGUCUUCCGAAAGAUAAACGUGGUCUGAAAUGGUUCUUGACACCUCACGAAGCUGUCAAUAUAUUAACGGAUACGGAGAAACACUAUCUAGACAAAAAGCCAUACAAAUUGCCAUUUCACCUCCAGAAGCCAGCGUUUAUGUUUGAAGACAAGUAUCCUCAGAACGCGCUGACGUCAUUUCCGCCAAUAGCACACCAGCGAGGAAAACGCUACGAGCACAGAUUUCAUUCUGUCUCAAAUUAUAAUAAUCGUGACCAACAUCAUUCUGUGAGUAGUAAACAUGUUGGAGAUUUACACUUACCUAAAAUUUUCUCAGCAGACGACAGUAGUCGCGCGAGAAAACACGAGAAAAGAUCAUAUGAAGACAAGGUCGUUGAUGCUUUUGCAACACCAAGAAGAAUGAGGAACGAAAAUAACUUUGACUUGACAAGUGAGAUGAAGAACAAGCGAAUAAAAGAAGUGACCGAAGAUGUUAGGGAGUACGAUGAUCUUUAGAUAGGCUUAAACACAUUGAAACAUUCAACUUCUAAGAAGUUACGUACGUUGGAUGAAACGUGUUCCGCCAAUUUCGAGAGUUCUCUAAAAUAUGAGUAAUGGCGACAUGUAAAUGCAACGGUUAGCUUACGCAAUCUUUUAAUAGUCAUGCUAAAUCAUAUUCUAUAUUUGUUAUGUUAUGUUAAGUAUGAUGGCUAAAUAUAGAAGCACGUGCUUGAAAAUUCACGUGCAAUACAUUGUAUACGCUGUCCUGUUUUGUAAAUAUAUUUGUGUUGAUUUAUGUAUAAUAUUUAUUAUUUAUAGACAGUCAAUUCAGACUAUGAUUAUAAGUCUUUCAUUUCGGAAAAAUGCUGUACAUUUGCAUACAUAAUGGGAGAUAUUUAAAUCGUAAAUGUUUGUGUAAAUGAGAUAAUACUGGCUAUCUGAGAAAUGUAUAUGUAUAUACAUAUAUAAUUAUUAGACACAGCGCAGUAUUUUUUUCUUCUGUUUUAUUGUUGUCAGGCAAUAAUAAAAAUUAAUAACAUAUAUUGAGGGUGUUUUUGCAAAUGUAUAUUGCAUACAUAUUCAUUCAUGUACACUAUCACGUUCAAGGCGAUAUUUUUUUCAAUUCAAUUUAACAUUUAAGUUUUGAUUUUCAUCAAUUCUUUAAAUAGUUUAUCGAAAACAAACACCACAUUAUAUAACUUAAAAACGAAGAAGAUUAUUUGCCUUAGAGGAAAAUAACCGGUCCGAAAGUUUUAAUUUUUGUAUGAGCAAUUUCGACUAUUAAUACUAGUAUAAAUAUCUACUCACUUGUUUGAAUCUCUUCUCGCUAUUAUAAAUCUCUACUUACUUGUUGAACUGUUGUAGUUACUCGCUAGUAUAAAUCUUUACUCACUUAUAUAAAUUUUGACUAUUGGAAAAAUCUUUACUUGAUAGUGCUUAUAUAUAUACCGAUUAUAUAGAUUCCUACCCGCUUAAUGUAAAAAUCUCUAAUCGCUAGAAUAAAUCUCUAAUCGUUAAAAUAAAUUUCUGCACGAUUGUAUGAAUCUAUUCUCCAUAUAUAGCUUAUUUCUCUAUUAUAUGUAUAGAUACAUCUUUAAUAAUUGUUGAAGAAACUUGAUGCACGAUAACGCAUUUAAUGCCAAAGUCCGCAUGGCGAGGGACUUGAUAUAGUAACGGGGUUCUGCAGCUGUUAAUGCACGAACAAGGUGAAUUCCUGCUAUUCUUGCACAUUAAAGUAUACGGCUGAUACGGUAAUUCUGUGUUUCGUAAAUUGUUUUUCAUAUUAAGAAAUCGAUUUCGUCAUGGCUGCAAUGUCAUUUGCAAGUUUUGUUUUAUAUAAUGAAACUAACGGGGCCGUCAUUGCAGUCAGUUAAUAAUACUUGGCGCACUGAGUCACACACAUUUUGAAACGGCGCGUGCCCGCAUGAUUUUAGCAGUUAAUGUAUAUUUUCUUCUCUUACAAUGUAAGAAUGUACCGGCGUGGGCAGGUUUUGUGCAAGAAUGUGAAUUGUUGUUUUACCUUAAACAUGUUUUGCUUACUGAUGUCACCGUCGAACACGUGCCACGCCAGUGUGUCUGCUACAGUGCUGAGUUACAAUCACGUUGCGUAUCAACCAUUCUUC